CGACAAGUUGAGAUCGACGAGCGGAGGCGGUUAGUCCGGUUUGUCGUUGCCCGUGUUUGGUGACAUCGGAAAGUUCGGCACGGUCUGUGGAUCAACGUAAAAUAUCUUGAGAACAAGUCUCCCAUCCCGGGAACGAUUUCGCGUCAGGAUGUCGCAGGAGACCUCCGUGAAGUCGUCGCCGCAAUCGCAGGUGAUCAAUUUGGCCACCUUGCCGAAUUUAAAUCUCCAACAGCUGACGAUGUUCAAGCAGCAAUUGGACCAAGAACUCGGAGUGUUCCAAGACUCUUUGCACACAUUAAAGAUUGCGCAGAGCAGAUUUCAGGAAUCGGGCUCUUGCCUCGAGAAGAUUACGUCGGACACUGAGGGCAGUGAAAUAUUGGUGCCAUUGACAGGUUCUAUGUAUGUGACUGGGAAACUAGCAGAUGCAAAUAAUGUGAUUGUUGAUAUUGGUACUGGUUACUAUGCGGAAAAAAGGAUCGAGGAUGCAAAGGACUACUUCAAAAGGAAAGUAGAGUAUGUUACCGAACAAAUGGAAAAGAUUCAGCAAGUUGGAAUCGAAAGGACUAAACUGAGAGAAGCCACGAUGGAUAUAAUAGAAGCGAGAAUUCAGCCUUCAAACUGGGAUGCACGUGGAAAACAAUAGAUUUCAAGUUAAUAAUUUUAUUUUGUUUCUCAUGAAUUAUUCGUUAUCGUCUGCAUCUAAUCUUGAUUAAAUUCAAUUGCUUUGAGGUACUACAUACAAAUGCAAUGAUUCUAUAUAAUAGCAAUAAGAUGGUUUUAUUAAGUACAAUCAAGGCAUAUAAGUUUUGUGAUAUCACCCUGUCGUAUUUCAUUUAUUCGACUUUGCUAUUCAAUAAAUCGAUACACAAUAAAUUUUUGUACA